AGGAUGGUUUUUAUAGUCCACCAACGCUGCGUGAGACACCUUGCCAGUCAAGUUCAUCUCCAAAUAGAGCGGAAUUCCCGACUUCUGCUUCACACCUCCUGUGUCAGAUACAAUUCCUCACAGCAGGGUGAGAGGAAAAUAGCAGAGAAGAAGCAGAGUUCAUCAGAUCACAGUGUUUCAGUGUUUGAGCGCCUGAACAAGGAAGAUACUAAGGCAGUUACUGUCACCCAGAAAGUGGUAGAAAACGCUAAGACUUCAGUGAACUUGUUCGUGAUUAUAGGAGGUUGCGGUAUAGUGCUUUAUCUUGCUUACAUGGUCCUGUCUGAAUUCUUCUCUAACGUGUCACCUUCAUCUGUAUUCAAGAUGGCAAUGAAGAAGAUAAUGAAGGACGAGAGAACGUCAUUGAUAUUGGGAGACAAGAUAAAGGGGUACGGAGAUCCAAAUAGCAGAACUAGGAAACGUCUCGAGCAUCAGCCGUACAUGGUGGCAGAUGUUGACUAUCUGAGGGUUAUAUUCCACGUAGAGGGAACCAAGAGAUCUGGAGUGGUUUCCUGCGAUCUUAAGAAGUCUAAAAACGGAUGGAAGACUAGGUACAUAAUAAUAAAACUGGACGGGUUUCCCCCCGGUAAGAUAACGAUAGAAGAUAACAGACACGAGACAGACGCGGAGGAUUUACCUGACAUUGAUUACAGCGAUGUAGCCUUCUCCGAGGAGAAUGAGUAAAUAAGCCUUGGGAGGGGGGCCGGGGAUUUGUGAUCCUCUAAGACCUCUAUUAUUAAGUUAUUAGAGUUCUGAGAAUUUUAGUAUUGGAGUUUGUUGCAGUAAAUUUCUUUCCUAUUUGAACUUAGUGUUAAAAUAAGAUUUUAUGGAAGUUGAUUAUAACAGAAUGAUAGAGGUUUAUUCUUUAUUUUGUAAAUAUGCAUCAAUGGGUUAAAUUAGUGAAACAAUAUUAUCAUACCAAGUCAAAUACUUUGUCAAGCUGGAAUAAGUAUAAAGUUAUCUCCUUAAAUAUUUAUUCUUUGUAUUCGAAAAUAACGAUGAGAAACAAUGUUUAUUUAAAAUUUCAAUAACUUUAAAGCACAGAAAAUCGGAUAGCCAACAUUUUAUUUAUGUCCACUGUCCAGUCUGUAAGUUUGUUUUUAAAAGAAGAAAUUGGUAAAGUUUUUGUCGCUGAGCUUCUCCUUUUUUUCGGAUAAAUUUUGAUUUUUAUAGAUGUUCGUUUUGAUAACAA